UGUAUUUAUCUUGAAAAUAUCUAUAGAUGUCAACAUCAAUUUAGGUCUCUACUUGAAAAAUGUAAAAAAACUUAUUAUGGGGAAAAGAAUUUACUCUGAUAUGUAUUAAAAGAUUAGAGUUAAAUGUUUAAAUUGUUUUCUUUCAGAAAUCACUGUCUAUAUUAGAUCAUUCAGAUUAUUCUGGUGAACAUUUUGCUUCUGAUCAUCAUAGAAAUCAGUUACACGAAUCAUUGGAAAAUAAAAGGUUUAAUGGUACAGUUACAAAAAUAGUAAGAAGAGCACUAAUGCUGCUUCAAAUGUUUGCCAUUACCCAGUUCGGAUGUGGAAGCAGAGCAUUUGAAAGAAAUAUGUUGAAGAAAACAACUAAAGGUUCUCAUUGGGGUGAUCUACGUGCUCAAUUAGAAAUAAUUAUCAAUCAAGUUAUAGAAUUGGUGGAAAAUCAAGAACCACCAUUUGAAGACAGUGAUUAUACUAGUGAUUCUGAAGAUGCACCUGUCAUACAAUGUAAUGAAAAAUUAACUACUGCAGUCAGAAAAGAUCUAGCAGCUGCAAUAAGAGAUCUCAUGCAACAUGGAUUAAUGCCGAUAGGACAAAGCUCCAGUCUAGUCCCAUUGGGCUGCUUUUUUUCUCAUUCAUCAUCAGUUGUAAAAACAAUGCAUGCAUGGGAUUUAAUCAUCGAAUAUUAUGAUCUGAAAAAUGGUAGACAGUAUAAUUCAUCACCAGCAAGAAAAUUAUCACAAAGUUUUAAUUUAGACAUUGUAGGAGGAACAGCAAUCACUCCUAAGCAGACAUUAUUAAGUGCAAUUGAUAACAUUAUUACUACACAUACGCCACUAAAAAGGAGUGCAGAUUCUCAUUUUAAGGCAUUUAUAAGUGCUGCUCUAAAUGAAAAGAAAUUAGUUUCAUGGUUAAGAUUAAUCUUCAGGACUAAAGUACUUAUAGACAGAUUUUAUCAACCUUGGAGUUAUGUUUCCAGAACAGGUAAAUUUUGCAAUUGAUAUAAUUCUAAAAAUAAAGAAUGAUAAUUUUCAGUCCUUUGUGUCAAUUGAAUGUAUUUAUCAUAAUGUAAAAAAUAGGAAAAAAUUAUAUAUUUGGUAAAAAUCCUAAAUGCAGUUCCAUACAUUUGGUAUUUGCUGAAUGCUGAGCAAAUAUUUGGCCAAUACUGAGUAGUGUAGGUGAUUUAAUGAUUAAAUCAUGUUCCCAGUCAGUUUGAGUCAUUUCAUCAUAAAUGAUUCAUGAUUAGUAUUUGGUAUUUACUGUUCCCCACUCCUUGCAGGUAUAUUGUGCCAAAUAAGCAGUUGUUUUGCAGUUGGCAAAUACUAAAUGUGUGGAGCCAAGAGAUAUCCAAAAGAAUCAUCUGUAAUCUGUAUAUUUUAAAGUUUGUUUGAAUGAUUAUUCAAUAUUUUGGCUUAAAUUGAUGAUUGACUAAAAAAAUAAU